AUGUAUCUGGACACCCUAUCUCUGGUGAUUUAUGUGAUGACCCUGUUUCUAGGCUUACCUUCCAAUCUACUGGUAUUUUACAUUUUUUUCAAGAAGGCUCGAACCAGGUUGACUCCAAAUCUCAUCUACAUGAUUAACUUAUGUGUAUCUGACCUUUUGUUUAUCAUGCUUUUGCCAGUGAAAAUAACAGAGACUUUUUUUCGCAGCUGGACACUUCCUGAAAUCCUAUGUCCUUUGUUUAACUUCAUACAUUUCAGCACCAUAUAUGCAAGUGUCUUCUUCCUUACUGCUGUGAGUGUUGGACGAUACUUGAGUGUUGCUUUUCCUAUCAAGUACAAAAUUUACAAGAAGCCCAAGUACUCAUUGCUGAUUUGUUUAUGCCUCUGGACACUUGUAAUUGCCCAUAUAUCUUUCGUGUUCGUUGUGGAGACUUCUCAGAAUGGCUACCUUGAAACAUUCCUUUCCCUAACUGAUGACAACAUGAGGGUCUGCUAUGAAAAUUUUACAGACACCCAGUUGGCCAUGAUAGCACCAGCAAGGCUGGAGUUUGCCAUUGUCUUAUUCUUCUUGCCCUUGACUAUUACAAUCUUUUGCUACGCUUCUUGUAUCCAAAUCCUAAGGAAAUGCUGCAUGCAUGUCAAGCAUAAGAAGAGAGCCACACGAGUCGCAGUGACCACCUUGACCGUUUUCAUCAUCUGUUUUGCUCCUUACAAUAUUUCUCAUGUUGUUGGGUUCAUAGAGCAGAAGAGUGUGUCAUGGCGCAAGGUGGCUCUUCUGCUGAGCACUUGCAAUGCUUUUCUGGAUCCUCUCAUCUUCUACUUCUUGUCUACUUCUGUGGAUCAGGGCUUCUACCAGGCCUGGAAGUCUUUGCAGCAGAAAUAUAGCAUAUCCAAGAGGAAAUUCUCCUCGGUGUUCAUGAAGGAACAUCCAGACCAGUCAAAAGCAAGGACGAUAAAAACAAUUUCAGCAACAACAGUAUAA